AUCAGGCGCCAUUUGGAGAGCGACAGCAGAACCAGUUUCGUGGAGGAUUUUGCUCUGCGAUCUCUCAGCCCAGAGUGAGCAGGUCAGGAUCGGUCCUUGGGCAACGCUGCUGGAGGCGCCGGCAGGGGUCGAGCUGGGAGGGGAGCGAGGGGCUCUUGUGCUUUCAGGCCUGUGGCCCGUGUCCAUGGAAAAAGUGAAGCAUCAAGACGGAGCCGACAGGACCCUGCCCUUGGCGUGAGGAGCUGAGUAACACUCCCUGCAGUUGUGUGUGUAGGGAGCAGGAGCUGGGCAUGCUCUGGAUGCCACCCCCUGCCGAGGCAGUGAUGAGAAAUGUUUCUCCUUUAACGCUGCAUGUUUUAUCUCCAAUUCAGAACAUCAUUUCUGGCACCGGUGUCGCACCUCUUCCCAAAGCUACCCGGGACAGGGCUCCCCUCCCCGCCAGGAUGGCUGGAGCACGGUGCACAGCCAGUGUGGACUGGACCCCGGUUACAAUCCAUUUAGAGCCAGCUGUCUUGAUGGCGCAGAGCAGGACACAUAGUCUUUCCUGGGUACCAACGCGCAUGGAGUAAAGCUGCAGGCACAAGCCAGUAGCGCCUGUGAUGUGGAAAAAGGCCAGCGCAGGGUGGCAGGAGUUUCUGUUGGAUGGCAGGAAAGGGCCAGGAAGAGAAGAUAAGGGAAGAAGAGGGAUCCUGGCAUUGGCAAGCAGGGAGGGGAAGGGGCAGGAGGGAGGAGAGGUGUAGUUUUGUUUUGGGGGAAGAGGCUGUGCCCGAGGAUGGCUUCCAACAGGAUGGCAUAGUCCCUUUCAGGGAUAGGCGUCCCCCCAUCGAUGGCAGCGACUGGAGCUUGAGGCGGCGAGGGACAUCCAUCGGAGGAGAGGCAGGAGACCUAAGUCCAGAGCCGGAGGGAGGAGUGCGGCGUCACCAGGGCCUGUGAGCACCCACCCAGCAGCGCUCCAUCCCCGGGGCAGGAUGGACAGGCUGCGGCGAAUGCUGAGGAGGAGGUCAGCUAAGGUGCUCUCCAUGGGAGAAGAGAGCAGCAGGGAGCCUGGGCAGGAGGAUCGGGGCCCCACCUGCCGUGAUGAGGAGGGGCCCAUCAGGGCAAGGAGCUGGCUGUGCCCCAUCUGCUGCCAAAGAAAACCGGCAGCUCCCAGCGGCAGGGGAAAGGAGGGAAAGAAAACAGGCACCUCCAAGUCCAGAUGGAGGUGGCCCUGGGUGCGCCUGGGCAGGCGGGAGCCAGCACCAUCCCAGCACCAGGCACCCGAGGAGCCGUGCAGCUCCCCUCCUGGGUCAUCGGGCAGCCUGGAGCCAGGCCCACAGCAGCCCCUGCCUGAGCCACAGCUCCUCCUGGGAUGACUGGCACACGUCCCAGGAGUCCGGGAGCACCAGCCCCAGCACCAGCUCCUCUUCCUUCUCGGAGGAGGACCCUGAAAACUCCCUGGAGGCCCAAAGCACCAGCACAAGCAGCAGCUCCUCCUCGGAGGACAGCGAUAGCUUGGAGGAGUCCAACACCACCACGUCGACCAGAAGCUCCUCCUCGGAGGACUCCAGUAGCUCCCUGGAGUCUGGGACCAGCCCGGCCCCCGGUGCCACCCGCACAGUGAUUCCCAGCCCAGCUGGCGAGGAGCUGGAGGAAGAGGAGGAUGAAGAGGAGGAGGAGGAGGAAGAUGGAAGGUCCCCGGAAGAAGCUGCCCUCCUCCUUGUGAAGAAACACCUGCAGGACCCAGGGGAGAUGCUGGACGGGAAGGACAGGCAGCGCUUCCUGCUGGCCAUCAUUAGCCUGACCAUCGCUGCGGACCAAAGUAGAGAGGUGGCUGUGGAGCUGGAGGGCCUGAAAGCAGCCGUGCUGGAGAGGAUCGUGGACCUGAUGGAGACCAUCUCAGUGGAGGCCGACCGAAAACACAUCCUGGCAUACAGCAUAGAUGCCAUCCGCUGCCUCAGUGACCCGAAGCUCAGCCUGGAGCCAGUGCUGGAGUUGCGCCUCCUGCGGGCCGCCGUAGAGAAGAGCUUCCUGGCCAUAGGGCGUGAGACCCAUCGAAACCAGGUCAUGCAGCGGCUGUACGAGGAGUACCUGAAGGGCCUGCUGUGCUGCGUCUUGUCCAGCACCCCCAGCCUGUGCAAGCUCUACUCCAUCUGGGAGGUGAGCACCGUGCAGAGGGGCUGGGCUCGGGCCGGGACAGCUCCUGCCCUGUGCACUGCAGCAAGCCUCUCUCAAAGGAUAAGGAAGAUGGUCAAGCCCAAGCUCGAAACUCGGGUCCUGAGGAUGUUGCCAAGGCUGCUGGGUUAG